CACGGAGAGACUCACUCACUAAUUUCCCCCCCCCACCCACUUUCAACAGCUGAGUUCUACUGGACUGGACUCUCUCUCUCUUCUCUGGAUACCUUUUACUCUUCACAGCAAAUGGAGAUUUGUGCCAAAGAUAUGAAGAAACCAAGAUCAGUGUUCAGCAACAUAAAGUUGUUUGUGCUGUGUCAUGGCCUGCUGCAGCUCACCCAGCUCCUGUACAGCUCCUACUUUAAGAGCACCAUCACCACCAUCGAGAGACGCUUCGGUCUCAGCAGCUUCUCCUCUGGCACCAUCUCCUCUCUGCACGAGGUGGGGAACACAGUACUGAUAGUGUUUGUGAGUUACCUGGGCAGCAGGGUCCAUCGGCCUCGUCUCAUUGGACUGGGUGGCCUGCUGAUGUCCAUCAGUGCUCUGAUCCUGGCCCUACCUCACUUCCUGUCCCAGCCCUAUGAGUACGACUCUGCCAUACAUGAUCGCCAAGACCUGUGUUCACUGCAGGGUACCUCCAACAUGACAGAGGCCUGUGGGAAAGCAGAGACCAAACGUAUAGCAGACACCAAUAACCUGUGGCUGCUCAUGGCUAUAGCUCAGCUGCUGUUCGGGGUGGGGUCUGUUCCCAUACAACCCUUUGGUAUCUCUUAUGUGGAUGACUUCGCCGGACAAGGCAACUCCCCCCUCUACAUAGCCAUCCUGUUUGCUGUGUCUGUGUUUGGACCUGCCUUUGGCUUCCUGCUGGGCUCCGUCAUGCUGAGGAUCUAUGUGGACGUGGACAGAACUGGUUCAGUCACCAAUGCUGAGCUGGUCCCUACAGACCCUCGCUGGGUGGGUGCGUGGUGGAUGGGCCUCCUCAUCUCCUCUGCCAGCCUAGCCCUGACCUCCACCCCAUACCUCUUCUUUCCUCGCAGCAUGUCGCUGGAAGGCAAUGUAAGUGGCACUGAAACUGACAUUCUGAAUGAAGACUCCGAAAAGCCUGAGAUCUCACUGCUUGAUUUCCUUAAGCUGUUCCCCAGACUGUUUGUCCGUCUGCUCCUCAGUCCUCUGUUCCUGCUGUUGGUCCUGUCUCAGUGCUGUUUCUCUUCAGUCAUCGCUGGCCUUGCCACCUUCCUCACCAAGUUCCUGGAGAGACAGUACAGCACCACCGCCGCAUACAGCAGCCUCCUCAUAGGUGCGGUGAACCUUCCUUCGGUAGCCGUGGGGAUGCUGGUGGGUGGGGUCAUCAUGAAGAGGUUGGGUCUCUCUCUGAAGGCCAUCCCUCGUUUCUCCGUCGCCAUGCUCUCCAUCUCUGUCCUCCUCCUCAUCCCCCUCUUCUUCAUGGGCUGUCCCACACAGAGGGUGGAACAGGUCAACUAUGAAUUCCAAGGGUCUCUGGCUACCUGUUAUUCCAACUGCUCCUGUCCUGCUAACGCCUUCAACCCAGUGUGUGGAUCUGACGACACUGAGUACCUGUCUCCCUGCCAUGCAGGCUGCAAAGACUACACCAAAGACCCCAACAACAGAUUCAGGGUUCUGGAGUACACGGACUGCAUCUGUACAGGUCACAGCCAGGGUACUGCCCGCCCCGGACCCUGCCCCAACCAAUGUCCUCACUUCCUGCUUCCUGUCAUGUUCAUCAUCUCUCUGGCCGGAAUGAUCGCCUCCCUAACACACAACCCCAUCUAUAUGAUGGUCCUCAGAACUGUUCCCCAUGAAGAGAAAUCUUUUGCCAUAGGAGUCCAGUUUCUGCUCAUGAGAGUGCUUGCCUGGUUGCCAGCCCCAGCCCUGUUCGGCAUGACCAUCGACAGCGCCUGUAUCUGGUGGAAACAUGCCUGUGGCAACCGGCUGGGCUGUGGUUACUAUGACAAUAACAUACUGAGGAACAGGUACCUGGGUCUGCAGGUGGCCUUCAAGCUGAUGGGGAUCUUCCUGCUGGGGGUGGUGGGAUGGAAGGUCCAGAGGACCAGGGAAUACAGCCUGGAGAAACAGCCAGACGGACCACUGUGAUACCACUGACCACCUGGCUCCUGGCGUGAUGGAGACUGGUCCAAAUCCACCACCUUACUACGAUCUAACCUGUCUUACAGGAGAGGAGAGACUCACCUGCCUCUGAGGUCCACUGUGCCUUUCAAUGGUCUGCUAAUGCAGGGUCUGAAUACACCGGAGGGACCAUUAUGAUACAACUCUGAGCAGCCAGACCUAUAUAAGCGUCUCACAUGACUUAACUCCCAGUGGGCUUAGCUGGUUUUCUCAACCAGUUUUGCCCUGAGGUCCACUGUGCUUUUCAACAGAGAGAACUGUACUCUACACUAGUAUACUUGUGUAUCAACUGUAUACUUGUAUAUUUACAUUUUAGUCAUUUAGCAGACGCUAGACAUACAGUUAGUGAGUGCAUAAAUGUUUUCAUACUGGU